CAACAUCUCCUUUCAACACAUAAAAACAAUGUGUCGGCGUGCAUCAUAACCUGAAAAAUUUGUGUUUAUAAUCCCUUUUGUUUUGAUUUAUAAAAACAUUUACCUAGCCUACAACAUCUGGUGAUAACUUAUGAUACCUACGUGUGUUCAGUAUUUGUAAAAGAUUCCCAAAAAUGGAAGAAAAAUCUCCUUACUUCUCGCCGAAGAGAACCCGCAAUUUCGUCAAACACCAGCGUGAAGCGGGAUCUUCAAAAAAUUUGAAAACAACUUUGCUUCAAAAAACCGUUCGAAAUGCCACACAGGAACAGAUUACAGUCGCACCACAAAUCAAAGUAGAACUCAUUCCGCUAGAGAACCGGCGACGUCAACGAAAACAAAUCAAAAUUGAAACUAGCCCGGAGAAAGUGUUCAAAGUCGAACCAGAACAGCCCACUUCUCAACAAGCGAUUACCGACAGCAAACAGGUCCAGUGGGAACCAAAAGAUUGGCGUCAAAUGUUGGAAAACAUACGACGAAUGAGACAGACUACGUCCGCCCCGGUUGAUACGAUGGGAUGCGAUCAGUUUAAAAAUGAUGAACAACUUCCCGCAGAAAGCCGACGCUUUCACACACUGGUGUCGCUAAUGCUGUCCAGUCAAACGAAGGAUCAGGUGAACUUUGAAUGCAUACAGCGACUGCGCAAGCACGGAUUAACGCCGGAAAAUAUAGUGGCGACUGAUUCCGAUGUGCUUGAAAAGCUGAUUUAUCCAGUGAGCUUUUAUAAGAACAAAACCAAAUUCAUUAAACAGACGGCGCAAAUCAUGCUCACGGAACACAAUGGAGACAUCCCGGCCACCCUAGAAGGUCUCCUAAAAUUACCUGGCGUCGGCAAAAAAAUGGCCCACCUCUGUAUGCGUUCGGCCUGGAACGUGAUUACCGGAAUCGGUGUAGACACCCACGUGCACCGCAUAUCCAACUGGCUUCGCUGGGUGCCAAAGGAAACCAACACGCCGGAGGAGACACGCGUUGCGCUCGAGAGCUGGCUCCCGUUCGAACUGUGGGAGGAAGUCAAUCAGUUGCUGGUGGGUUUUGGUCAGACUACUUGUACCUCGUCGUAUCCACGCUGCAACGAGUGUCUGAAUGCAGAUAUUUGCCCGGCCAAAGGGAAGCACGGUAUUCGCAAGUCGCCCGUUAAACGGGAGCAGGGAGAUUUGGAGUUCUGAAGAAAGUUAAGUGAUUCUUUUUCGGGUUCUAGUGCUAACGAGCUCAUUUCACAUUGUUUUGCUAUAUUUGAUUAGUGUUGAUACUUGUAACUAUAAGUGAGAGAGAGAGAGAGAGAGAUCUUAUUGAAUCGAAGUUUAUCGUCAAAAAUUUCAAGUGAGUAGGCGAGUAUAAUUAAUUUGGAUCUAGAGAAAUAUA